AUGGAUCGUCUCUUGGUGUCUCAGGACCUAUGCGUCGACUCAACUCCUUCACCUCAGGAAACUACGCUGCAAUACGCUCUGAAACGAACAGAAACGUCUGCCUCCUCACAAGCUGUUAUUGAUGGCGCACCUUUGGGUACUCUUCGCCACCACUACCCCUGUCCAGCGGUUGAACACUGGGUGAGCUCCGGGCCCAGCAGUCCAACAUCGAUGAUGCCUUGUCAAAACCCAUGGGCCAUGGAAACCUCAGCCUUCACGCUGCCAUCAUCUCACACAUCUACACCGUCAAUGCCUGACGGCCUUCCACGUUUUUUUCUUUCCUGUGAUAGCGACUGGCCAUCAUCCUCAUUGACGUCGGGCCCGACCCCAGGACAGCUAAGGCCGGGGCCAUCUCGUACCAAUGAUAGCAGGACAUCCUCUGAGUGGAUGCGGGAGCCAGACAAUGAUGUUUCCUAUGCUUUGAAGCCUGAUCGCUAUACAGCAACAUCUGAAGCUUUUGGGCCGCAUCAACGCCCAUCUGGCAUUCUUACAACAACCUAUCCCACCGCAGCGUUAACGCCACCGUCACCAGCCUUCUCGGCUUCGUCGCGCCAGAUGUGCUCUCCUGUAAUCAAAUCCGAAUUUGGCCGCGCUGAUACGCGAUCAACACCAGCUAACGCAGAGGGGGAGGCGAGCAUCGACCCGCCCUACUCCACACUUAUUUACGAAGCUCUCCGGAACGCACCUGGUAAGAAACUGUCUCUUCAGGAGAUUUACGGCUGGUUCGAAGAGAAUACCACGAAAGGAAAGGAUCGCAGUUCCAAAGGGUGGCAAAACAGCAUUCGACACAACUUAUCCAUGAACGCGGGUUUUGAGGCUGUUCGAGUGGAGAAAGCACCGGGCAAGAAAGCCCUGAAUUACUGGCGUCUGACAGAUGAGGCUAUAACCCACGGUAUUCAGUCUACAACCCGGUAUAGAAAGCAGGCGAAUUAUAAAAAGACUGUGGGCUCAGACCCACCAGCUCCUCAACGCCAACGAUCCGGAGCGAAGGGAGGGAAAGCUACAAAAAUCACAGCUAAAUUCCGCGGGCUUAUGAACCAGGAUGAACUACGGAAGGAACGGUAUCAUCAACGACUGGUGUCGCAGCGGCGACCACACAAGAUCCUUCACAGUCAACACCACCCGUCACCUGUGACAGCGGCGGUCGUCUCGCGAUUUCAUGCAUCAUGCCCAGCAACACCACUGACUCGGAGAAGCGUCCAAAUGGCCGCGCUGACUUGCAUAUCUAACAUACUGUAG